CGGCGCCUGCGCACGGCGGGUCUGCUGCCGGUUGGUGCCGGCGCUCCGCAGUGGGGGAGCGGCGGGCGCGGAGCCCUAGUGCCGGUCCCAGCGCCAGAGCCAGUGCCAGGCGCAGCCAUGUCCGUGGUGGGCAUCGACCUCGGCUUCCUCAACUGCUACAUCGGCGUGGCACGGAGCGGCGGCAUCGAGACCAUCGCCAACGAGUACAGCGACCGCUGCACCCCAGCAUGUAUAUCUUUAGGAUCCAAGACCCGAGCCAUCGGGAAUGCAGCAAAGAGCCAGAUCAUCACAAAUGUAAAAAAUGCAGUCCAUGGCUUCAAAAAACUGCAUGGAAGAGCAUUUGAAGAUCCUUACAUCCAAGCUGAGAGGGCCAAGCUUCCCUAUGAACUUCAGAAGAUGCCAAAUGGCUCUGUAGGAGUAAAGGUGAGGUACCUGGAUGAAGAGAGACUGUUUGCAGUGGAACAGAUCACAGGAAUGCUGCUGGCCAAGCUGAAGGAGACUUCAGAAAGUGCUUUGAAGAAACCAGUGGCUGACUGUGUGAUUUCAGUCCCCAGUUUCUUCACUGAUGCUGAAAGAAGAUCUGUAAUGGCAGCUGCACAGAUUGCAGGAUUAAAUUGUCUGAAGCUGAUGAAUGAAACUACAGCAGUUGCAUUAGCCUAUGGAAUAUACAAGCAAGAUCUGCCAGCCUUGGAAGAGAAGCCAAGAAAUGUGGUCUUUGUAGAUAUGGGGCAUUCUGCAUAUCAGGUUUCCAUCUGUGCUUUUAACAAGGGAAAACUGAAGGUCUUGGCCACUACCUUUGACCCUUUCGUAGGUGGCAGGAAUUUUGAUGAGGCUUUGGUAGAUUACUUCUCUGAAGAAUUUAGGACAAAAUACAAGCUGAAUGUAAAAGAGAAUCCCCGAGCCCUGCUGCGAUUGUAUCAGGAAUGUGAGAAGCUCAAGAAGCUGAUGAGCGCCAACGCGUCCGACCUUCCCCUCAACAUCGAGUGCUUCAUGAACGACCUGGAUGUCUCCAGUAAGAUGAACAGAGCUCAGUUCGAGCAGCUGUGUGCUGCCCUUCUGGCCAGAGUGGAGCCUCCUCUAAGAGCAGCCAUGGAUCAAGCCAAACUUCAGCGUGAAGAUAUCUACAGUAUAGAAAUAGUAGGUGGGGCUACUAGAAUUCCAGCAGUGAAGGAACAGAUCUCUAACUUUUUCUGUAAAGAGAUAAGCACCACGCUAAAUGCUGAUGAAGCUGUUGCAAGAGGCUGUGCCUUGCAGUGUGCAAUUCUUUCUCCAGCUUUUAAAGUGCGUGAGUUUUCCAUCACAGACGUUGUUCCUUACUCCAUAACAUUGAGAUGGAAAUCAUCUUAUGAAGAAGGAACAGGGGAGUGUGAAGUCUUCAGUAAGAACCACGCUGCUCCAUUCUCAAAAGUAAUUACUUUCCACAAGAAAGAGCCUUUUGACUUGGAAGCUUAUUAUACACAUCCACAAGAAGUGCCUUAUCCUGAUUCCAGAAUAGGGCGUUUCACUAUUCAGAACGUGGGUCCCCAGCACGACGGCGACAACUCCAAGGUGAAGGUGAAAGUGCGAGUCAACAUCCACGGGCUCUUCAGCGUGGCCAGCGCGUCCAUCAUCGAGAAGCAGAGCGUCGAGGGGGAGCACAACGACACCCCCAUGGACACCGAGUCUGCAAGUAAGAACCAAGGCAGAGAUGAGGAGCUGGAUAAAAUGCAGGUUGAUCAAGAAGAAGGUGUGCAGAAAAGUCAAGCUGAACAACAGAACCAGGCAGAUGAGGAAACUGAAAAUGCUGGAACUGAAACAAAGGCGGCUUCUGGAGAAAAGCAAGAUCAUCCCUCCCAGCCAAAGGCUAAAACAAAAGUUAAGAGUAUUGACCUCCCUAUACAGGCAAGCCUCUGUAGGCAGCUGGGACAAGAUCUGAUCAAUUCCUAUAUAGAAAAUGAGGGGAAGAUGAUGAUGCAAGACAAGCUUGAGAAGGAACGAAAUGAUGCUAAGAAUGCUGUUGAAGAAUAUGUGUAUGAAUUCAGAGAUAAGCUGUGUGGAGCCUUUGAGAAAUUCAUCACUGAAGAAGACUCAAACAAGCUGACCUUGAUGUUGGAGGACACAGAAAACUGGCUUUAUGAAGAUGGAGAGGACCAGCCAAAACAAGUAUACAUGGAUAAGCUUCAGGAAUUAAAGAAAUUUGGACAGCCUAUUCAGGAAAGAUGCAUGGAACAUGAAGAGAGACCAAAAGUUCUAAAUGAGCUGGGGAAGAAGAUUCAGCUCCUUAUGAAAGCAGUAGAAGCAUACAAAAAUAAGGAUGAAAAAUACGACCACCUAGAUCCUGCUGAGAUGGAGAAAGUUGAAAAGUACAUUAAUGAGGCUAUGAAUUGGUUGAACAGCAAAAUGAAUGCUCAGAACAAACUCAGUCUAACUCAGGAUCCAGUUGUCAAAGUGGCAGAAAUACUAGCAAAAUCCAAGGAAUUGGACAGCUUCUGUAACCCCAUUCUGUCCAAGCCCAAGCCGAAGAUAGAACCUCCCAGUGACGGGCAGGCCAAAGCUAACGGGGAGCACAACGGGCCCGUGAACGGACAGAGCGCUGCUGAAACAAAGCCCGAAGCAGCCAAGGACAACCCUCAGCAGACCAAACCCCCCGGAGAAAUGGAAGUGGACUAAACCUUGCAUUUCUUUUACUUCAUUAAAAUAGUGCAAGUAACCACAGGGUCCAUUCUUUUUGUCUGGUACACACCUCAGAUGUUCAGUUAUUCUUAGCCAACUUCUGUCAUUCGUUGCUGAGUAGUUUUGAAAGUGUUUUAUAUUAAGUACACCUCUGAUGUUCAUUUCCACUGAUGCUGCUUAUGUGGAGCUUUAGCCAAAUGUAGAUUGUAUAAGUCAGUUGAAGCUUUCCCAAUAUAUUUUAUAUCAAACAUACAGAAUUGAUAUAUAAAUGGCAACAAUCUACCUUAUUUAAAGCUUUUAUUGUGGAUAAACCUCAGCUCCUUUAUUCAGGAAAGGAUACUGUAUUGCACUACUGAUGCUCAAGUGUAGAUCUAAUCGCAUCUUUAUUUUGGAAAAAUAUUGGAAUCAAAGUGGCAAAACCUGUCACUUGAAGCACUGACCUUUUCUAGUUAUUGUAUUGUUAUAAUUUAAAUAUUAAAAUAGAAGUUAGUUGGCAUACCAGUCCAUCUUGUUGAUGUACCAUGAGAAUUGUACGGUCUUUUUCAUAGGAAAUAAUCCGAGCUUAAGCGUUUUUUGGGUUCCCAUCCCAUUACCAGUCUUCAUUGCAGACUGCUCCAGCACCGUGGCUCUGCUGUGUGCUGGAGUCCCUGGUCUCUGCACAUUGCUGUACAUACCAUGCUGAGCUUAGGACAGGGUGAUGCUGGGGAGAAUAGGAUCAGAGGGGAGAACAUUCAAGGCCUGCUGCAUAGCUUUCCCUUGAAAAUGUCUUAUUGCACAUGGAACUAUUAACUUCUUUUGUUUUGAACUCAAUUUACAUCUGAUUGUAUCUCAUCCUGGGGAGGAGAAACAACAGAAACAGUGCUGUGCAAACUGGGUAUCACCACCUGAUUUUUAGGUGGCUUAAAUGCUGUUUGGUGCAAACUUGAAAGAAAUGCUGAGAGCUUAUAUAAGCCUUGAUGCUCAGCACGUAAAUUUUUUGGUCAAGGACCAAAACAAAAGAGCUUAAAAACUGGAUAUUAUUACCCCAGAGGUGGAAUCUACCUGAUGAACUUGCAUAGCUUACCACUUAGCUUUGGUCAUUUAGCUGUCUAAUGAAAGUGUCUACAAUGUAUUACACAGUAGAAUCACCGUUUUCUUUGAUACAUCUUAAAUGUUAUCAAGGUCCAAUGUAUGUCCCAAAUAUAUUCCAAAUGCUUCUGUCAGUCACUGAGGUGCUGCAGCACUUGCUAAAGCCAGUCAUUAUUGACUUGAAACUCUUCUGUUGCCAGAGUGGCAAUGGGCUAGUCCAACUAUGAAAAGUGGUUUCUUUACCUAGCAUAAGAAACUAAAAUGAGUUUCCAUGUAAUGCUUCAGUGACUUGAACUCUGUCCCAGAAACAAAUUCACAUGUUAACCAGGCACUCCUGCAGCAGUUCUCUCAUAGGAGGUGUUGCUGUUGUAAACAAGUGAAGAACCAUGAUCUUGUUUCUGGCUUUGGCAGCCAUUUGAUCUUCAGCUGUGCCCUUCAUCUUCCACUGUUCAUGCUAUGAAAAGUAACUCAUGACCCCUGGGAGAGGUGAAUUCACCUCUCCCAUAUCUUCACAGAAAGAGGAAGAAUCAUUCAUCAUUGUACAUAAAUCUAUCUGCCAGAGUAGUUCAAGUGCUGGAAUUUUAUCUUCUGACAUCAAGUGACUGAGAUGCAUCUGCUUUGCUCUCUUGCUGUUCCAUGCAAUCAUUGUGGAUGGUCUGACACUAAGUUUUACAUGUUUAACGUCCUUGAACAAAAACUGGGUGACUUUGAGGAGAGCUGUUCUGCAGCUCCUCUGUGACCUCAGUCUCAAGUUCUGCCACGGUAGUCACACCUGUUGUGCUGAGGGGUGACUGUACUGCAGCAUCAGCUGUCCUUUCAGUCAGCCUGGGCUGGCUUGGGUCUUGUAGGCUUUAACACCAUUUAUAUCCUAAUGGCUUUUACCACAGCAGUGUAAUGAGCAGCAUUCUCAAGUACUGCCUUCCUAAAAUCCAGCUGCACAAUAAUUUGUCUAGGUAGACUUCUUGGUACCUGUGGCAGAAGAGCACAAAACAGCAGAAAUCUCCAGUGUCAGUUUUCCAGUAGCUAAAGGGUCAUGUGCAAGACCUGAGUGUCCUCUGCUCACGGCCAUCAGAUUCUUAUACCACAUCACAGAUGUUUGAGGCAGUGCUUAGGAUAAAGGCUAAAAUAAUUCUGCACGCUUAAAAGCAGAUACGGUUCAGACAAACAGCUAUACUCAAGUUUUCUUACUAGAAUAGGAAGUUUUUUUGCUGUGCAUCUGGUCUGUCUCUAGAUCCCUGCUGAAGAGGAAUGCUGCCCACAGAAGCUGGCUCUGAGGUCUGUGUUAGGAAUCCCAUUUGGGAUGGCAGAGUUGAUCUUUCCACAGUGAGACUGACAUUAAUAUAUGACUUGCUCAUAUGUAAUCUGGUUCCUGUUACAAAGAGGAGAUUUUACCAGGACAGGUUUAAGUACUUACACACUAUGCACAACUUGAGGUUUUGUUUGUCAGACUCAAUGAGCCAUGUCCCUCUGCCUCCCCUGACAGCACCAGAGUGAGUGUCUUUGCAACACAAAGUUUUGGUAGGGAACCAGCAGCAGUCUGCUGCUCUGCAUCUUCUGUAUUAUAACAGCAGGUAUUUGUUGAUAAUGUCUUAUUGGAACUUUCUGCUGAGGGCAAGAUAUAUUUCUAAUAUUUGAAAAUGUUCCCCUCAUGUCCCACAAAAAGAAAAAAAGGAAGCAACACUAUCUUUGUAAAGGCAGUAGAGUUUGUUUGAAAUACAAAAGUUUUGUAAAUCAGUUUCUGAAGUGUCAUGUAAAGAUCUAGUUACAAACCAACAUAGAUACAUUGGUUCAUUUUACCAGUAAGAGCUUCCUUCUUUCCUUUAAAGAGGACUCAUUCUCUCCUGACUGGAGCUUUAAUGGACUUGCUCAAGACAGGACUUCAAAACUAAUUUGUUUUAAUUUUCUUGACUAAACUAAGUUUAGUCUAGAACUGAUUCAUUCUUUCCUUUCCACUUUUUUUUUAUUAUGGUACUUUAGACUCCAAGGAGUUUCUUUGAACUUCAGAUGUAACAUAAACAGAUUUGUGACACUCAAGUUAGGGUUGUAUGCUCUUCUUUUUUGAAGCUGCUGCUUCAUGACAAAAUACCCUUUGAUUUUGAAUGAAGGAUUUGAUCGUGUAUGUCAAUUUGACCUAAGACUCCUCUCCCUUGCUGGCUUCUGGCAGUGUCCUUGCACUGCUUAAAUAGUGCCUUUGGGGCAGGCUUGCAGAGCAGUGAGCAGCUGGUCCUGACUGCUCAGAGGCAUUUGGGAAACACCCAACCUGUAUUCCACAAGCUGUAUUCCCUCCCAAGGCCCCGGGGCAGAGCAAGGUGGAGACAGUGCAGUGUCUGCAGUGCAGCUCCAGCAUUCUGGACACCAUGUGCUGUGAGGGAUGGAGGUUUUGCUUCUUCCACCUACAAGUGGAAGCUGUUAAGGUAAAGCAUCCAAUCUGUGUGGUGAUGAGAUUUCUUUGUACCUUCAACAUUUGAAAUUCCUUAGUAUUUGGCAACAUUUCUGUGUGCUGAACUCCAAUCUCUCCUACAGAUUGCUAAUAACAGUUCUCAAAUAAUCCAUAUUUAAGUGGGGGUUUUCCUUUAAGGAUUGUGUAAAAGUAAUUUCAGGAAACAAGCAAGGAGCUGGCAGAAGGGUUUUCUUCCCAAUUAUUUUUUGACACCAGUGUGAAAAAUGAACAGCCUUAACAAAAGUUGGAAUCUACACUUGCCAGAGCUCUGGUUUUCCAUGCCUGUCAGUUAACCAAUGCUAGAUGAAGUCGUGUUGCAAACAUGCUGCGUUUGCUGCUUCAAAGCACCUGCCCAGCUGCUGUAGGAAAAGAAGCUAAAUUCAAUUCCCAUAGAUCAGUGCCACCAUGAAGCUCAUUACUCAAAAUAGGAUUUCUCAUUGCUGUGUAAUCACACUGUAAUGCUUCCACACUUCUGGGAGCCCUUCUCAAGUGAAGCUGAGAUGCCCAAACUUGAGUUGUGGGCUGGUAUAAGGUCUGCCUGCUCUAAGGAUGCUUAUAUUAAUUGCCACUAGCUGUGAGUUUAUUAACUGGAUGGAGGAAUAUUUUGUUGCCUCUUACACUUCUGCUACUCUUAGGUUUUCUCAUCUUCCAGGCACCAGGAGACAGAAACUCUCAAAAGAGGUGGUAAAAAACAUGUUGCUUAACAAAAGGCAUUAAUGCCUCAUAAAUUAUGAGUUGGAGUAUAAACACAAGCUCUUCAGCGUGUGUGGUGGCUGACUCCUAGCUGAAUUUUUCAUUUUCUGUAAUUGAAAUUUGAAGACUUCAGCCACUUACUACACAUGUAAAUAACAGUGAAAACAGCUAAAUGUGACUUAGCACUGCAGAAUACUAAACCAGGAAUGUGCUUGAUGUGACUUACUUGAUACAGCUGCUAAAUUUGGUUUCCUUCUUUACUGGUCAGAAGGAAAAGCAUCGAGCAAUGAAAACCAGGAAUCUUUGCAAUGAAAUGCAUCAAGAAUAAUUUUAAACAAAAAGGCAAUGAAGAGCUAUAGCCACCAACCACCUCUACCAAGUGUUGGAAUAGUUUAAUUCAGUUGAUCAAAAAAGGUGGUAGUCCCUGAAUGUUGCAGUGCUUGGAAAAGUUUCUUUCCAUAGUUGAUAACCAUAACUCCAGGGGAUAAAGGGGGAGGAGAUGGGAGCAUCAGAAUUUAUAGCAGUGUUUAAGUAUGGAAAAUGUUUACCAUGUAUGUAAAUGGGAUCCUUAGUAGUGACAGAUCAUGUGCAAAUUGACAAGACUUGGAUUUAUUUUUGAAUGGCAAUACAGAUUGUCAAGGUUGUGUAUAAUUAUAAUAAAUAUAUAAACCGCUACUUGAACCAGA